GUCAAAAUUAUUUGAAUUUGAAAUCAGAAACAUCGAAGUUUCCAUUUAUUUACGUUCUGACUUUGACAUAAUAAAUUUCAUAUUUGGCUUGAGAGGACAUUUGCCGUAAUAAAUAUUUUGUAAUUUCGUGUUUUCUUAUAAACACGUGUUAAAAUAAUGGCAGACGAAGGUGAUAAAGAUGAACGCCCUGCUGAAGGUCAAUCUCAGCCGGCUGAAUCAGCUGCUUCGCAUAAAGAAGAUGAACACACCGAAGACGUUGCACACACUGCGGAAAAUAUAAGUAGAACGUCCAGAAAGCAUUCUGUAUAUCCAGCUAAGGAAGGAACUUCCACACAAAUAAUCGACAUAGACAGGACUGCAUUGGAAGCCAUACUGGAUGUCAGUUCCCGUAUACAGGAAAUUCAGAAAAAGAGCAAAGUGUCUAUGAGCACUUUGGCUUUAGCUCAUGAGUCUUACAAAGAUAAACAAGCUAAAGCAAAGGAGGCUCGUAAUAAUAGAGUAGGAGGAUUAAAGUCACAAAGUAGAUUUUUAUUGGAAAAUGGUGCCUCGGCACUAAAUAAACCGAUUGAAUAUGUACUGGAAGGUGUUUAUGAUGCUGAUAUUCAUAUAGACAUUUUGGAUAGCUCUUUAGCUGAAGGCGCUAGAAACUGCUUUGUACUCUGUGAUGCUUCGCUGCCACCGUUGAAAAUGGAGUCUGGUAGAUUCAUUCCUAACCAGAAAGGGAAGAUGGACAGGACAUAUAUAUCUGAUGCAACCACUAUAGGAACUGAAGGGAUGUGCGUGGCAUUUUACAGGAUCAAAAACAAAGCUGUUGAUAUGAAAUCUGUUGCCGAUGACUAUUUUUACGUGGUGUUUGACGUUAAUCAAGAGACAGAGAAUAUUGUGUCCGGUAUAUUCAAAACGCUACAACGUGUAUAUGUCCCAGCAGUAAAAGCGUGCCAGGCCUGGGGAGACCUAAAUCCGCCUAAUCCCAAAAGCGCUGAUAUUAUCAAAACCUAUAUAUCGAGAAUUAUGCUGUUUAUAGAUUAUCUUGCCAAAACUAAAGUUGAUUUGGAUUGUUGCACAAAAUUUAAAAUAAAUCUAAUCUUGUACGAAGAGGAAUUGUCUGAUCAGGAUAAAAUGAAAGCAGCUAUCACCAAAACUCAUGUUUUAGAAGAGAUUUGCUCGUUUGUUAAACAAUGGGUUAAACAAAUCACGAUGGUGUUAGUCCAAAGCCAACAGCUACGUCGGGAGCCAUCGAACAUCGGUCCCCUUGCUGAGUUGGAUCACUGGCGACGACAACUAACUUCUUUCACGUCUAUCAUUGAACAUAUUAAAAGUGAACCCUGCCAGAUGUAUAUAUACACGCUUAUCCGAGCCAAGUCUAAACUAAUCAAAAAAUGGAGAUUGAUAGACAAUCAAGUUACUGAUUACUUCAAUGAAGCAUUUGAUAAUGUCAAAUAUUUAUACGCCUUGGAGAAAUAUUGUGAACCUCUUUAUAGGUGUGAUCCACUUACAAUGCAACAGUUUAUUCCUGGUUUACUUUACACGGUGCGGAUGAUCUUUGCGACGUCGCGCUACUAUAAUACAACUAAACAGAUCUCCACACUGCUCGUUAAGGUCACAAACCAAAUCCUCAAUAUGUGUAUGGACUACAUGACUAAUGGUGGCAAGAAGACAAUUUGGAAUCAGGACAAGCUUAAUUUUAACAAGAAAGCUAAGUUAUGCUUAAACUUGUACAGCUUUUAUCGGGAAUGUUAUAACGAAACACAGUUAGAAAUGAUGGAAGCAGCCGACGAGCGUCCAUUUGAUUGCUCUGAAAUGUAUAUUUUUGGAAAAUUUGAAACCUUCCGAAAACGGUUGUUAAAGGUGGUUGAUUUAUUUCAAAUCUAUAUAACUUACUAUGUGCUGAAUAAAACGACCCUAGAAGGAAUUGAGGAAUUUGCUGCAAAUUUCAACAAGUUGUUCAAGACUAUUUCAUCAAAAACUUACGACGCUUUGGAUCAUAGGCGACCUGAUUUCGAUAAAGACUACAAAAUAUACAAAGACAACGUCGCAACACAGGAAUUACUUUUAGAAAACUAUAUGAUUACGAGUGUAAAUAAAUGUCCUACUACCGAAAUAGCUCUACAUCUGUUGGAGAGGUUCAAGAAGCUAAAACUUGAUUGUUUAUAUCUGGAAGAUCAAUAUUAUGAUUUAAUUAGCAAAUAUACUGGCGAGAUUGAAUCUAUCCGAGAUAGGUAUAACGAAGAAAGGGAGAACCCAGAAUUACCAAGAAAUAUGCCCCCCGUAUCGGGUAGAGUAUUAUGGAUACGUUUUUAUGAUAAAAACAUCAAGUUUCCUAUGCAGGAGUUCAUGCAACACAAAGAAGUUAUCACUCACAUGAAUACCCAACGGUGCAUAAAGCUAUACAACGUCAUGAAUAUCGUAUUCACGGAGUUCGAGUUUAUUUACCAUCGCGCUUGGACAGAAAAUGUAGGACAGGUCAGGUUGGGACUAAUCGCACCACUCCUGAUCCGUCAUCCAGUGACAAACAGAUUUAUUGUGAACUUUAACAUUUAUAUACCUGAGUGUAUUCGAGAGGUGGAAUACAUGUGGCAGUUGAAUUUAUAUGUACCAGACACUGCCCAAAUUGUUGCCUUUUGCAAAGAAAAACUUUAUGGAGACUAUGAAAGACUAUCAUUUUUAGUCAACCGUAAUGACCAAAUAAGAAGGAGUAUGCCAAAAUUAUACUUACCACUUCUGCGUGCACAGUUAGUGAAAUUAGAUAGUGCGUUUCAACCCGGACUAUCGAGCAUAACCUGGACGUCCUUAGAAAUAGAAUCCUACUGCGACAAGAUCGAGAGUGUGUUGGAUGAAGUUGAUUUAUUUGUCAAAGAGGUUGUGGAUAUGAAAGAGGCGCGUAUUGACGCGAUAUUACAGUCUAUAUCGAAGACGUUACUCGUGUAUUUGCCGGAACAAGCUGUCGAUCCAAAUUCCUUUUAUGAAGACAACCUCGUUAGACGCGAUGAAAUAGCGGUAGAUUUGCAACAGAAAUCAUGCAAUGCGGAGGUGGCUGUUAUAGAAUUGAUAAACAAGUUUUUAGGGAGUGUGCCUUUGCAAUCGAUUCGGGAUCUAAAGGAUAACUGGUUAGAUACCGAAAAGGCACUAAAGCAAGUAACUUCGGCUACUAGAGUCUUUCCUGAAGAUGCAGCUUUUCUAGAAAUUGAGAACCCAGAGCGAUAUGAACCUAUGCACGCGAUAAAUGAAUGCAAUGAAUUAUUUGCUUAUUUUGCCACGAAAUGUUUGGAAUCUUUAAUAAAAUGCACCAGACAAAGUCUGGACUUACUAAGAAAGAGAGCUUCGGUUUCAAGUUUUCUGACGAUGACAACCGAUCCUGAAGAGCAAAAGAAGCUAAAACCACUCAUGUUUACAAUGAUGUAUUUAGAGAUUCCUAGGAUUUUAAUCAAACCUUCUUUAGAAGAGAUUCAGAGCGCGUUUUCGCAGGUGGUGUUAAACUGUAUAAUGGACAUACAUCGUAACGUCUUCAUGUGGGGCCAACAGGCGCUGUUGCAGAAAGAGGAUAUGAGAGAAAAAUCACUUUCUAUAACUAGGGCAGCCACAAGUUCUAGAUCUGGUUCAAGUCUCAUGGGAGUUAGAAGUUAUUUCCGGAUGGUCUCCGAGCAUAAAGAUAUUGUACGAGCUGUCAUGGCUUUGCAGGGCAUGAUGUAUAUGUAUAAACCAGAUAUUGAAAAACUGAUGACUGCUUAUAAUAGAUUCGCACCUUUAUGGGCGGAAGAUAGAGUGCAACAAAUCCAAAGCUUUGUCGAUACAAAUCCUCUAAAUGUUAUAAUUGGCGAUAUGUUUAAAAAAUAUGAAGGACAGACGGAUGAAGUUCUCAAUUUACCAAAAAGACAUAUUAUUGGAUCAAUACAAAUAAAUAUGGAUCAAAUUACUUUAGCAUUGCAUAUUGAAUCUAUUGAAUGGAAGAGAAUACUGGGAAAACUUCUCAGUAUGGCCUAUAGAGAAAGAGUAUUAAAAUUAAUGCAAUUUAUCAAAGAUCGCAUGAAGACUAUGAGCAAGAAGAUCAAGGAUUUAGAUGACGUCAGAGUAGCAAUGCUAUGUUUGGAAUUGAUACGAGAGGAGUUUAUUGGAAUGGAUAUGGAAUUAGAUUUGAUCGAAGAGAGCUAUGCUUUAUUUAGCCAGUUUAAUAUAGACAUUCCCAGAGAAGAUGCCGAUAUGGUUUAUGGACUGCGAUAUGCGUUCCAAAAUAUGUUACUAACAGCCCAACAAGUGCAACAACGUAUAGUAGAAAUGCAGGGUCCUCUACAGAAGGAAUUAACUGAUGGUGUUUCAAAUUUCUUAAAAGACGUGUUAAAGUUUGAUGCUGAUUACGAACAGUUUGGCCCUAUGACACCAGGUCUUUCUGCAAGAGAAGCCAGUGACAGGGUUAUUAUGUUCCAAUCGCGGUUUGAUGAGCUAUGGAGGCGAUUCGAAAUGUAUUCUAAUGGGGAGAAACUAUUUGGAAUGGAAGUUAAGGAUUAUCCCAUUCUUCACCAGAGGAAAAAAGAAUUCAAUUUACUAAGCAAGCUGUACAGUUUGUAUCUUGCUGUAAUGAAUUCGAUUGACGGGUAUUUUGAAACACCGUGGGUAUCUUUAGAUAUUGAGCUAAUUGUGGCUCAAUUAGCUGAAUUUGAUCUGAGGUGUAGAAAGUUACCUAGAGGUAUGAAAGACUGGCCUGCAUUUAUUGAUUUAAAGAAUAAAAUCGACGACUUCAAUCAAACGUGUCCUCUAUUAGAAUUAAUGGCAGAUAAAUCAAUGAAGGAGCGACACUGGAGGAGACUCGAGAAAUUAAUGAAUUGCGUUUUGGAUGUUGAAUCUGAUACUUUCACUUUGGCUAAUGUUAUGGAGGCUCCGUUAUUGAAGAAUAAAGAAGAUGUUGAAGACAUAUGUAUCAGUGCUGUAAAAGAAAAAGAUAUAGAAGCUAAAUUAAAGCAGAUCAUAGCUGAUUGGGCGGUUGUGGACCUCACGUUCACAAAUUUCAAGAACCGCGGUGAGCUGUUGAUUAAACCGCAAGAAACGCUCGAUAUUAUAACGUUGUUAGAAGACUCUUUGAUGGUCUUGAAUUCGUUAGCAUCGAAUCGAUACAAUGCACCGUUUAAGAGAGAUAUAUUGUUAUGGAUCAAUAAAUUGGUGGGCACGACCGACAUCCUGGAGAAGUGGCUGCAAGUACAGACGUUGUGGAUGUAUUUGGAAGCCGUGUUCGUUGGUGGUGAUAUCGCAAAACAGCUGCCAGCUGAGGCUAAAAGAUUUGCUACAAUCGAUAAAACUUACGUCAAAAUCAUGUAUCGUGCCCGCGAUAUGGUCAAUUGCGUGGAAGUGUGCGUUUCUGAUGAUACAUUGAAGCAACUGCUUCCUCAUCUCAUAGAACAGCUUGAAGCCUGCCAAAAGUCACUCACUGGUUACUUAGAGACCAAACGGCUUAUCUUCCCGAGAUUUUUCUUCGUCUCAGAUCCAGUUCUUUUGGAAAUUCUCGGACAAUCAUCAAAUCCGCAAUCUAUUCAGCCACAUCUACCUAGUAUAUUUGAUGCAAUGUACACGGUCGACUUCGAUGAUAAAGAUCGUAUUAUAAAUAUGAAUUCUAACAAUGGUGAAACUAUUCCCUUGGAACGGGCUGUUAGUUGCAUUGGAGGAGUAGAGAUUUGGCUUAAUACUUUGCUGGAUACUAUGAAAGACACUGUAAAGAACAUAAUUGCCAGUAUAUCUCAGGCUAUGUCCUCAGAUCCUGAAUUUGAGUUUUUAGUCAGUUUUUGGCAUUUUCCGGGUCAGGCAAGUUUAUUGGGGAUGCAAAUUCUUUGGACAAGCGAUGCUGAGUACGCAUUAAAAAAAGCUAGAGCUGACCGUUUUAUCAUGAGGCUAACGAAUCAGAAGAAUCUUGAUUUAUUAAACGGCCUUAUUGACCAAACUGUUACAGACUUAACUCCUCUAGAUAGAACUAGAGUUGAAACUAUGAUUACAAUACACGUUCAUCAAAGAGAUAUAUUCGACGAUCUGGUAAGAAUGAGGAUCAAAUCUCCCGGGGAUUUCGAAUGGCAAAAACAAGCGAGAUUUUAUUACUUUGAGGAAUCUGACGAUUGCAUCGUAUCAAUAACAGAUGUUGACUUUUUGUACCAGAAUGAGUACUUGGGAAUAACUGAGCGUUUAGUAAUAACACCACUAACGGAUCGUUGCUAUAUUACACUAUCACAAGCCAUCGGGAUGAGUAUGGGCGGGGCUCCCGCGGGUCCUGCAGGAACGGGCAAAACAGAGACUACGAAAGACAUGGGUCGUACGUUGGGCAAGCUUGUGAUCGUGUUCAACUGCUCUGAUCAGAUGGACUUUAGAGGUUUGGGUCGUAUCUACAAGGGUUUGGCUCAAUCUGGCACUUGGGGAUGUUUUGAUGAAUUCAAUCGCAUUGAACUACCAGUAUUAUCUGUAGCUGCGCAACAAAUUUAUAUAUGCCUAACAGCGCGGCGAGAAAAGAAGGAAUUCUUUAUUUUCAGUGACGGCGAUACUGUGAGUUUAAAUCCAGAAUUUGCUUUCAUUAUUACAAUGAACCCCGGUUACGCUGGACGGCAAGAGUUGCCAGAAAAUUUGAAGAUUCAAUUCCGCUCUGUAGCCAUGAUGGUGCCAGAUAGGCAGAUUAUUAUCAGAGUCAAGUUGGCCAGUUGCGGUUUUAAGGAGAACAUUUUGCUAGCUCGUAAAUUCUUUACUUUGUAUAAGCUUUGUGAAGAGCAACUAUCUAAACAAGUGCAUUAUGACUUUGGACUUCGGAAUAUCUUAUCUGUGUUGAGAACAAUGGGCUCCCAAAAACGUGCUAAUCCUGAGAGUACUGAGGAAAACAUAAUGAUGAGAGUAUUGAAGGAAAUGAAUGUAUCAAAAUUAGUAGAUGAAGAUGAACCUUUGUUUAUAUCAUUAAUUGAAGAUUUGUUUCCUGGCAUGAAAUUGAGUCAAACCUCACACAAAGAAAUGCAACGUGCCAUAGGCCUUAUGACAGAGCGAGCCGGUUUAGUUAACCAUCCUGAAUGGAAUUUGAAAAUAAUUCAGUUGUAUGAGACGUCACUAGUACGUCACGGCCUUAUGACGAUGGGUCCAACAGGAUCUGGAAAAACAACGUGUAUUCACACACUUAUGGCAGCGCUUACAGAAGUUGGAAGGCCACAUAAGGAAAUGAGAAUGAAUCCAAAGGCUAUAACAGCACCUCAAAUGUUUGGUCGCUUAGACGUAGCUACCAACGAUUGGACGGAUGGUAUAUUCUCCACUUUGUGGCGGAGAGCUUUAAAAGUAAAAAAAUCUGACACAACUUGGAUUGUUCUGGAUGGACCCGUCGAUGCCGUUUGGAUUGAAAAUCUGAACUCUGUGUUAGAUGAUAAUAAAACAUUAACUUUGGCGAACGGUGAUCGUAUAUCGAUGGCGCUCAAUAGCAAACUUGUAUUCGAGCCCGAUAACGUUGACAAUGCAUCCCCAGCCACCGUCAGCCGUAUGGGCAUGGUUUUUCUCUCCUCCUCUGUACUUAAAUGGCAACCGAUACUUGAGGGUUGGCUUAAAAAAAGAACCCCAAAAGAGGCAGACGCAUUUAGAACGGCUUUCAAUAAAGUAUACGACGACGUACAUUCGUUUGUGCAACAAAAAUUGCCGGCGAAAAUGAAGCUUCUCGAAGCCAUUUACAUCAGACAAUGUAUCGAUGUGUUGGUUGGUCUAUUGCAAAUAGAAAUACCCGGCGGCAAAAUGCAUACCGACCGUCAUCUAGAGCGAUUGUUCAUUUUUUCUAUGAUGUGGUCACUGGGUGCUGUGCUCGAGUUGGACGCACGAUAUAAAAUGGCAGAAUUUAUGACCAAAUUGCCAGUACGUAUGGACUGGCCGGGUGCCAAGUCCAAGGAAUUUGUCAUGCCUUUCGAAUUUAUGGUCAACGAAACUGGUGUCUGGCAACACUGGUCUGAAAUAGUGGAAGAUUACAUUUACCCACCUGAUAGUGUACCAGAAUAUGCUUCUAUACUCGUGCCUAACGUAGACAAUGUUUGUAUAUCAUUUUUGAUCGACACAAUAGCGAAGCAGAAUAAAGCCGUCUUACUGAUAGGAGAGCAGGGCACUGCGAAGACUGUGAUGCUAAAAAGUUACAUGAUGAAGUAUGAUAACGAAGUGAAACUGUUUAAAAUGAUAAACUUUUCAUCUGCUACCACUCCUAAUAUGUUCCAAAGAAUUAUAGAAUCGUACGUCGAGAAAAGAGUGGGAAUGACUUACGGACCACCCAAUGGAAGGGCCAUGACUGUGUUUGUUGACGACAUUAACAUGCCGGUCGUCAACGAAUGGGGAGAUCAGGUAACAAAUGAAAUAGUUCGGCAAAUGAUGGAAUGCGGAGGCUUUUAUUCGCUAGAAAAGCCAGGAGAAUUUAUUAUAAUAGCCGAGAUACAAAUGUUUGGGGCUAUGAUCCAUCCAGGUGGUGGUCGAAACGAUAUUCCGCCUCGGUUGAAGCGUCAGUUCAAUAUCUUUAAUUGCACCUUACCAAGUGAAGUUUCAAUGGAUAAAAUUUUUGAGACUAUAAGUGCAGGAUAUUUUUGUAAAACGCGGUUUGACAAGAAGAUAGUGGAGUUUAUGCCCCGUCUCGUUCCAGUGACACGUAUUAUAUGGCAGCAGACAAAGGUUAAAAUGUUGCCAACGCCAGCCAAGUUUCACUACGUGUUCAACUUACGCGAUUUGUCAAGAAUUUGGGAAGGAAUACUUUUUAUUAAGAAAGAAGAAUUACCUUCAAUCAAUUUAGCACUCAAGUUAUGGUUUCAUGAAUGCUUGAGGGUUAUUUCCGACAGGUUCACAACAUUCGAUGAUAAGGAUUGGUUUGUGGCGAAUUUUUGGAAGACUGCGGCCCAAGAGUUGCCAGAUAUUGUUAGCGAAUUUCCGGAAAAAGAAACCUUUUUCGUUAACUUCCUUCGUGAACCAGUAGAUCCAACUGGCGAUGAAGACGAAGAUUUUUCCACUGAUGCUCCUAAAAUAUACGAAGAACUACCUACAUGGGACUUCGUACUUAAAAAACUUGGUCAGUUUCAAGACACGUUUAAUGAACAAAUUCGAGGAGCUCAUUUAGAUUUAGUAUUCUUCCACGAUGCCAUGGUGCAUCUGUUUAUUAUAUCCCGCAUUAUUAAUACCCCACGUGGAAAUGCUUUACUUGUCGGAGUAGGUGGCUCUGGUAAACAAAGUUUGACGAAGUUGGCGACGUUCAUAGCGAAUUUUUCGUUUUAUCAAAUUACACUAACAAGAUCAUACAAUGUAAAUAACUUUAUGGAUGAUAUCAAAGUUUUAUAUAGAAUUGCUGGUCUACAAGGAACUGGUGUGUCAUUUAUAUUCACAGACAAUGACAUAAAAGAUGAGCAAUUUCUUGAAUUUCUCAAUAAUAUUCUCAGUUCAGGAGAAAUCGCCAAUUUAUUUGCGAAAGAUGAAAUGGAUGAAAUACUUAACGAGCUGACGCCGAUUAUGAAAAAGUAUGCACCGAGAAGAAUACCAGUGCCUGAUGUGCUGUACGAAUAUUUUAUUAUGCGAUCAAGAGCCAACUUACACGUCGUUUUGUGUUUUUCACCGGUAGGCGAGAAAUUCCGCAGCAGGGCGUUAAAAUUCCCUGGACUCAUUUCUGGGUCUACUAUGGAUUGGUUUCAAAAAUGGCCAAAAGAAGCAUUAAUUGAGGUCGCCCAUCAUUUCUUGUGGGAGUUUCAUGUUGUGUGCUCAACGGAAACCAAAGUGCAGUUAAUAGAAAUUAUGGGCAUGGUACAAGAUAAUGUGGCCGAUACAUGCUCCAUGUACUACGACAGAUUUCGUCGACAAACUCACGUGACUCCGAAGUCAUAUCUAUCCUUUUUAGAGGGAUACAAAGUUCUUUAUAAGGAGAAACACUUGUAUAUUGCCGAGCUAGCUAGAAGGAUGACGACUGGGUUAGAUAAGCUCGUUGAAGCAGCCGCGAGCGUUGAUAUUUUGAAGAAGGAAUUGGAAGUUAAAGAAUUGGAAAUCAAGGAAGCUACCGCUAAGGCGGAAGAAGUAUUAGCGGCUGUAGCAGAAUCUGCAGCGGCUGCUGAAGUUGUGAAGGCUGAAGUAUUGGCAGUGAAGGAUCGAGCAGUAAAAUUGGUCGGUGUGAUUGCAGCAGAGACGGCAGUCGCUGAAGAGAAACUUGCCGCUGCUAAGCCUGCUCUAGAAGCUGCUGAGGCUGCUUUACUGACAAUUAAUGCAGCGGAUAUUGCGACGGUGCGAAAAUUAGGCAAACCACCGUACUUGAUUACUUUAAUUAUGGAUGCAGUAAUACUUUUGUUUAGGAAACGUAUUGAUUCUAUAAAGCCUGAUCCUGAAAAACAAUUCUUAAUGGCUUCCUGGGCGGAAUCUUUAAAGGUAAUGGCAGAUUCGAGGUUUUUGAAUAAUUUGAAGUUUUAUCCCAAAGAUGAAAUUAACGCCGAAAUGGUUGACUUAUUGCAGCCUUACUUUAGAUUCAGUCAAUACACCUUUGAGGCUGCUAAAAUUGCUUGCGGAAAUGUAGCAGGUUUGAUAUCGUGGACUAUUGCAAUGGCGCAGUUUUACUCCGUGAACAAGGACGUGUUGCCAUUAAAAGCUAACCUCGCCGUCAUGCAGGGCAAGUAUCAAGCUGCCAAGAGAGAGUUGGAAGCGGCCGAGGCAUUGUUACAAGCCAAAGAGCGGGAAUUGGCUGGAGUGCAAAGGCAGUUUGAAGAGGCGAUGACAUUAAAACAGGCUGUAUUAGAUGAUGCGGCUAAAUGCCAGCAAAAAAUGGACGCAGCAACUGCCCUCAUCAAUGGACUGAGUGGUGAACGAGUGCGAUGGACGGAACAGUCUGCCUUAUUCAAAUCUGAAAUAGAACGCCUCGUCGGUGACAUCCUGCUACUGACUGGGUUUUUAUCGUAUACUGGACCAUUCAAUCAGGAGUUCAGAUUGUAUUUAAUCCAGAAUUGGCUUCACGAACUAUUAAGAAGGAAAAUUCCUGUUUCCAUGAAUUUAAGCAUUACUGAUCAACUAACGGAUGCUGCUACUAUUGGAGACUGGAAUUUAUGCGGCCUACCUACAGACGAAUUGUCGGUGCAGAAUGGAAUUAUCGUGACAAAAGCGGCACGCUUCCCCUUACUUAUUGAUCCUCAAACACAAGGAAAGAUUUGGAUCAAAAACAUGGAAAAAUUAAAUAGUCUUAUAGUAACUACCCUCAAUCACAAAUAUUUCAGGAACCACGUGGAAGACUGUGUUUCCCUUGGUUUGCCGAUGUUGAUUGAAGACGUAGCUGAGGAAUUAGAUCCUGCUCUGGAUAAUAUUUUGGAGAAAAAUUAUAUAAAGAUUGGUUCCUCGUUUAAGGUCAAAUUAGGAGAUAAAGAAAUUGAUGUUACUGCUGGUCACAAAAUUUAUAUUACUACAAAACUUCCCAAUCCUGCUUAUACUCCUGAAAUAUCUGCUCGAACGUCUAUCAUUGAUUUCACUGUCACAAUGCAAGGUCUUGAAGAUCAAUUGCUGGGUCGUGUAAUUUUAACGGAGAAAGCGGAAAUGGAAGCAGAAAGAACUCAGUUGAUAAUGGACGUAACGGCUAAUCGUCGCAAGAUGCAGGAGCUGGAAGCAAAUCUACUGCACAAACUUACCACGAUACAGGGUUCUUUGGUAGAAGACGUAUCGCUGAUUCAAGUGUUGAAUAUCACAAAGAGUACAGCGACUGAAGUGAAAGAAAAAUUAGAUAUAGCAAAGGAAACGGAACAAAAGAUCAACAUUGCCCGCGAGGAGUUCAGACCAGUAGCAACACGUGGCUCUGUAUUGUACUUUCUUAUUUGCAACAUGUCGCUCGUAUGUAACAUGUACCAGACUUCGCUGGCACAGUUUCUCGAACGAUUUGACAUAUCCAUGGAACGAUCACAGCCAAGCCCAAUCACGUUCAAGAGAAUUGCCUUUAUUAUUGAUUAUUUGACUUAUGAUGUAUGGAAAUAUAUCAGUCGUGGAUUUUAUGAGAAGCACAAAUAUUUGUUUACGUUGUUAUUAACUCUGAAAAUUGAUCUACAAAGAGAAUAUGUGUCUUACGAUGAAUUCCAAACAUUUAUUAAAGGUGGUGCAGCAUUGGAUUUGAACGCUUGCCCUCCGAAACCAUUCAAAUGGAUUACUGAUAUGUCGUGGUUGAAUCUUGUGGCAUUAUCUUCUUUGCGACAAUUCACUAAUAUACUAGAACAGGUUAAUAACAACGAGAAGGGCUGGAAAUCUUGGUUUGACAAGGAAGCUCCUGAGGAAGAAACCCUACCAGAUGGAUAUCAUACAUUGGAUGUUUUUAGAAAACUUUUGAUAGUUCGAUCUUGGUGUUCCGAUCGGGCAUUGGCACAAAGCUUGAAAUAUGUAACAUUUUCAAUGGGUGCUAGGUUUUCUGAAGCUGUUAUUGUGAAUUAUGAGGCUAUGGUACUAGAGUCGCGACCUCUGGUGCCACUGAUCGGAUAUUUAUCUAUGGGCUCGGAUCCAACACCCUCUAUAGAGACUACGGCCAAACGUCUAGAAUGCCUAUGCUCAUCUAUAUCCAUGGGCCAGGGUCAGGAGGUUCAUGCUAGGAAACUUAUUGACCGCGCUUUACAAGAGGGUUUGUGGGUACUUCUUCAAAAUUGCCAUUUAGGGUUAGAAUACAUGGUUGAAGUUAUGGAACAAUUUUCCGAAUUGGAAAAAGAACCAGAAAAAGUUCACGAAACGUUCAGAUUAUGGAUAACAACUGAAGUUCACGAAAAAUUUCCCAUCACUCUUCUUCAAAUGUCAAUAAAAUAUACUUGUGAACCCCCGUCAGGCAUAAAAGCUGGAUUGAUGAGAACAUACGACUCUAUGAGCCAGGAUUUCUUAGAUUAUAGCGACAGUCCCUUCUACCUGCCUAUGAUAUAUACGAUAUCAUUCCUACACACUGUCGUGCAAGAGAGACGCAAGUUUGGACCUCUAGGUUGGAAUAUACCAUAUGAGUUUAAUUCGGCUGAUUGGUUGGCAUCUUGUAUGUUCGUACAAAACCAUUUGGAUAUAUUGGAGCCUGGUCAGUCUGUGAGUUGGACUACAGUGCGAUACAUGGUCUCGGCAGUACAAUAUGGUGGCAGAGUCACGGACGAUUACGAUAACCGUUUACUUCUUACUUUUUGCAAAGUGUGGUUAACUGAACAGCUGUUCUCAGAUGAGUUUCAAUUUUAUAAGAAUUAUGGUAUUAUGAAGUUUAAAAAUAUCCCCGAAUAUAUUGAGGAAAUCGAGAAAAUGAAAACUACUGAUCCACCUCAAGCAUAUGGAUUACACACAAAUGCUGAUAUAACAUAUCAAAGAAAUAUGACUCAGGAGUUGCUCGAUACAAUAUUAUCAAUACAGCCGAAAGAAUCUAGUUCUGGUGGUGGAGAAACACGUGAAGCAUCUGUAUACAGACAAAGUAAAGAGAUGUUAGAGAAAGUACCACCUAACUUUGACCCUCACGAGGUUAAAGAAAGGCUGAGGUUCUACGGUAUUUUGAACUCAAUGGUUAUAUUCUUACGACAAGAGAUUGACAGGAUGCAGAAAGUUAUAACUCUAGUGCGAACAACGCUCAAGGACUUGCUUCUUGCCAUUGAUGGAACAAUUAUCAUGAAUGAGGCUCUAAGAGAUUCGCUCGAUAACAUAUACGACGCAAAGGUGCCAAAAAUUUGGCAAAAGGGUUCCUGGUCGUCCUCCACACUCGGUUUCUGGUUCACCGAGUUUUUAGAGCGAAACAUUCAAUUUGCCACUUGGUGCUUCCAAGCCAGACCGUUUUCAUUCUGGAUGACUGGGUUCUUUAAUCCUCAAGGAUUUUUAACGGCAAUGCGACAAGAAGUGACCAGAGCACACAAAGGAUGGGCCUUGGACAUGGUCGCUCUACACAAUGAUGUGACCAAAUAUUUGUUAGACGAAAUUAAGUCCCCACCUAAUGAGGGAGUGUACGUACACGGCUUGUUCCUCGACGGUGCCGGCUGGGACCGACGGAACCUGCGCCUGUGCGAGUCGACGCUCAAAGUGCUUUACACACAGCUGCCAGUUGUUCACGUGUACGCCAUCAAUUCUACCGCGCCCAAGGACCCUAAGCUCUAUCAGUGUCCAGUGUACAAAAAGCCUUUCCGUACUGGUUUAACGUUUAUCACCCCUCUGUGGCUACCUACUGUUAAGAACCCCGACCACUGGAUACUCAGAGGGGUAGCUAUUUUAUGUGAUAUCAAGUAAAUUGUAUUUUCUUUACUGAGAAUCCAAUUAUUAUUAUGAUUCUGCU